UCAUGCUCUUAUUCAUCUGUUGACUUUCAAGAUGUCUGAAAGGCAUAGCAGAACUUCCGACUCUAGUCGAUUUGAUUCCCCUCAUACGGUUUCCAGGAUGUCAAAAUUCUCAUUCUCCCGGAUUCGCCUUGUGGUUUUCGUAAUUAAUCUUGGACCGUUCUCUUUCUGGAAGGUCACCAAAAAUCUUCUUGUUAUGCUUCAUCCACUCGCGAAAGAAUUUGAGGAGAGGUUUACGAGCUCGGUUGUUCCCGUGAAGUACCGAGAGCCGUAUGGUGUUCUUCUGAGGAAGUUCGGUGGUUGUAGUACCCCCAGUCUUUCAGGCUCUUAUACCUUUUGCUUCUUUGCCCGUGGCUUUGAUGGCGGCGCUCCAUGCUUUUCCCUCUUAUGGUUUGCCAAAUCAUCAGAGCGCUUGUACGAUUUUUCGCAUCCAUAUUCCUUUCAGUAA